AGAGUUGGGCGGCGGAUAUCCGGUUCCUGGAGCAACGAACGGCGGCGGCUGCGGCGGCGACGGCGACGGCGACAGCUACAGCUUCUGAGGAAGCGGUUGCGGAGGAGGAAGAAGAGGAGCUGGGCAAGGCGAGAGCCACAGGCGGGACCCUCGCCAUGGGUCAGCGGACCUAGAGCGGUGGAAGGUACCGGCCGGGAGCCGAGCUGGCCGCUGCUCCUUCUUGUGGCCCCAUGGCUGAGGACUGGCUGGACUGCCCGGCCCUGGGCCCUGGCUGGAAGCGCCGUGAGGUCUUUCGCAAGUCAGGUGCCACCUGUGGACGCUCAGACACCUAUUACCAGAGCCCCACAGGAGACAGGAUCCGAAGCAAAGUUGAGCUGACCCGAUACCUGGGCCCUGCGUGCGAUCUCACCCUCUUUGACUUCAAACAAGGCAUCCUGUGCUAUCCAGCCCCCAAGGCCCAUUCCUUGGCCAUCCCCAGCAGGAAGCGGAAGAAGCCUUCGAAGCCAGCCAAGGCUCAGAAACGUCAGGUUGGACCUUCGAAGAGCGAAGUCAGGAAGGAGGCCCCAAGGGAUGAGACCAAGGCUGAUGCUGGCACAGUCCCAACCUCACUUCCUGCGCCUGGGUGCUGUGAGAACUGUGGAAUCAGCUUUUCAGGGGAUGGAACCCGACGGCAGCGGCUCAAGACUCUGUGCAAGGACUGCCGAGCACAGAGAAUUGCUUUCAACCGGGAGCAGAGGAUGUUUAAGCGUGUGGGCUGCGGGGAGUGUGCGGCCUGCCAGGUAACAGAAGACUGUGGGGCCUGCUCCACCUGCCUUCUGCAGUUGCCCCAUGAUGUGGCCUCGGGGCUGUUCUGCAAGUGUGAGCGAAGACGGUGCCUCCGGAUUGUGGAAAGGGUGAGUCGGGCAGGUGGGGUGGGCCCGAGGCUCACCUGCACUCCUGACCCUCAUAGCCCUGGCCCCAUGCGUCACACCUCCGGCCCCCCACAGAGCCGAGGGUGUGGAGUGUGCCGGGGCUGUCAGACCCGAGAGGACUGUGGCCGUUGUCGAGUCUGCCUUCGCCCUCCCCGCCCUGGUCUCAGGCGCCAGUGGAGGUGCGUCCAGCGGCGUUGCCUGCGGCACCUUGCACACCGCCUCCGCCGCCACCAUCAGCGAUGUCAACGACGCCCUCCCCUAGCUGUGGCUCCCCCUGCUGGUAAACACGGCCACCGCAGGGGAGGCUGCGACUCCAAGGUGGCUCCCCGGCGGCGCCCUCCCCGAACCCAGCCACUGCCUGCACUUCCGCCCUCGCAGCCUCCAGAGUCUCCAGAGCUGCACCCCAGAGCCCUGGCCCCCUCGCCACCUGCUGAAUUCAUCUAUUACUGUGUAGACGAGGACGAGCUACAGCCUUACACGAACCGUCGGCAGAACCGCAAGUGUGGGGCCUGUGCGGCCUGCCUGCGGCGGAUGGACUGUGGCCACUGCGACUUCUGCUGUGAUAAGCCCAAAUUCGGGGGCAGCAACCAGAAGCGCCAGAAGUGUCGUUGGCGCCAGUGCCUGCAGUUUGCUAUGAAGCGGCUGCUGCCAAGUGUCUGGGCAGGUUCCGAGGAUGGCGCCGGGCCACCCGCACCUUACCCGCGUCGAAAGAGGCCUGGCUCUGCUCGAAGGCCCCGUCUGGGUCAGACCCCGAAGCCUCCCUUGGCCACGCCCAUGGCCCAGCCAGACCGUGCCCAGACUCCAGUGAAGCAGGAAGCAGGCAGUGGCUUUGUGCUGCCCCCGCCUGGCACCGACCUCGUGUUCUUACGGGAGGGUGCAAGCAGUCCCGUGCAGGUGCCUGGCCCAGCUCCAGCCUCCACAGCGGCUCUGUUACAGGAGGCCCAGUGCCCUGGCCUGAGUUGGGUCGUGGCCUUACCCCAGGUGAAGCAAGAGAAGGCGGAUGCCCAGGAAGACUGGACACCGGGCACAGCCAUCCUGACUUCUCCUGUAUUGCUGCCUGGCUGCCCCAGCAAGGCAGUAGACCCAGGCCUGCCACCUGUGAAGCAAGAGCCACCUGACCCUGAGGAGGACAAGGAGGAGGAGAACAAGGAUGACCCCACCGCUGACUUGGCCCCAGAGGAAGAGGCAGGAGGGGCUGGCACGCCCGUGAUCACGGAGAUUUUCAGCCUGGGUGGAACCCGCCUCCGGGACACAGCAGUCUGGUUGCCAAGGUCCAAGGACCUUAAAAAACCUGGAGCUAGAAAGCAGUAGACUGGAGGCUUCUGCAGACUGUAGGACUCAAGGUGAUAUUUACAGACCGACUUUAUGAGAGACAACACUGAUCUGCUCAGAGGCUGGACCAUAGAUGGAUUGCCAGGGCUUGUGUGGGAGUCAGUAGGAACUGGGAAAACCUACCACCAAACCAGAGGAGCAGGCCUGUUCAGUACUUUGAGCUUAUAGAGGAAGUAAGCAGAAAAGGAAGGAAAAGAGUAGAAAGUUGGUGCACCUGCUCCAACCGGUGCAAAUCCCAAGAGCCUGAGAAGUGUGGAUAUUAAGGAUGGGGGAGUUGGGAUGGGAUGUAAUUAAAGCCACCUUCAGCCUAAACAAGCCAUCAUCAUAAAUAAUUUUAAAUACAUUUGGAUGAGACCUGGCCGUGACUCUAAACAUUUCCUCAGGGAGACAGCAGUUGGGAAUGUAAUGUGAAUAAAUGAGGAAAGGAACUGCUAUUUGGUGAGUUCCUCCCAUGGACCUAGUUUAGUCCUCAGAAACAUCUUUCUAGAAAGGCAUUGGUUUUGCCCAUUUUUGCAGACAGGAAAACUGAGAUGCAGAGAAACUACAUAACUUGUCCAGUGUCGAACAACUAACAUUGAUAGAGCCUAGAAUCAGACCCAGGUUGUAAAAGCCUUGUCCUAAGUUAAGCCACUAAACUGUUAACUAUAACCUAUAUCUAAUAGUGUGUAAUAAUGUUAUAUUAACGCAAGUUUCCAGUGACCUUGAAAACAAGGUGGAUUACUCUAAGCUUUAUAACAAAUCCCUUAACACUGCUGCCCUUAGGGUGGUUUAGGGAGCACCAAGCCAUUGUGGAUGGUGCCACCUUAUCAGAGCACCCGCAACUCCUGAGACUGGGUUCUUCCCAGGCCUUGGGUGCUGCAUAGGAUCCCUCAAACCCAAAAGGCAUCUUUCCCCAUUGGCGCUGCUUGUCACCGUCACUCCCCGUCCUCAGCCAAAGCAGCCUUCAGAAGUAAAGCUCCUGGCCUGGCUCAUCAUUCCUCACAACUCGAAUCCCCUGUCCCUUGGUGACCUUUGUGCUUGGUUUCUGCUCUCAGCCCCUAUCUACUAGGAGUCCGAGUUCCUGCUUCACGUCCUGCCUAAGGGCCAGUCUUGGCUCAGCCCUGCCUCACUUUCCAAUUCUGCAUAAAGUGCCAAGAAAAUUAGACCUGUGAUUCAUCACUUAGUUAGCUUUACAGUGGCAGGACUGAGUGCAU